AUGCUACAUUACUCGGGAAACUGGACUCUGGCGACUGAAUUUAUCAUGGUGGGCUUUGCUGGUGUCCAAGAAGCCCGCCAUCUCUUCUUUGUACUCUUUCUCACCAUGUAUCUGUUCACCAUGGCAGAGAACUUGGCCAUUAUCCUUGUGGUAAGCUUAGACCAUAGACUCCAGAGGCCCAUGUACUUCUUUCUGACCCACCUUUCUUGCCUAGAAAUAUGCUAUACUUCAGUCACUGUGCCCAAGAUGCUGUCAGGAUUCACUGGCACAGCUGCAGGCAAGACAAUCUCCUAUGCUGGCUGCCUGUCCCAGCUUUUCAUCUUUACCUUCCUGGGUGCCACAGAGUGUUUUCUGCUCGCUGCCAUGGCCUAUGACCGGUACGUGGCUAUCUGUGAGCCUCUCCGUUAUGCAGCCAUUGUCUCCUGGGGUACCUGCAUCCGCCUGGCUGCUGCUUCCUGGCUGCUGGGUUUCCUCACGCCCAUCCUGCCCAUCUACCUAAUGUCCCAGCUCAUGUUCUGCAGCUCAAAUGUCAUCGAUCACUUCUUCUGUGAUGCAUCGCCCCUGCUGGCGCUUUCCUGCUCGGAUGUCACCCUGAAGGAGAGAGCCGACUUUCUGAUCUCGCUGUCUGUGCUUCUGGCCUCCUCCACAGUCAUUGCUGUGUCCUAUGGCAACAUUGUCUGGACAUUACUGCACAUCCACUCAGCAACAGAACGGCGGAAGGCUUUUUCUACCUGUGCAGCCCACCUGACGGUUGUGAGCCUUUUCUAUGGGACGCUUUUCUUCAUGUACGUCCGAACCAAGGUGGCCUCCUCUAUGAACUUCAACAAGGUGGUAUCAGUGUUCUACUCCAUUGUCACACCCAUGCUCAACCCCCUCAUCUAUAGCCUCCGAAACAAAGAGGUAAAGGGAGCCCUGGGCAGAGCGUUAUCGCUCAAAUUAUUUAAAGAAUCAUGA